GGGGAGCCUGGGAACGCUCAGUGGACGGCGACUUCCGCAUAUGCGCCCUGGGGCGAGAGCCGGUAUUCUUGUCAUUUUCCAACUGUUGCGGCAUGAAGUGAGAGUCGGGGGUUUCUCCCGGUUCUGGGAGAUCAGCCUAACGUGAUCUCCAGCUUAGAGUCGGAGCUGGGGGUGUGGCGGUGAAAGGCUGGCAAGAUCUUUUGGUGAAUCUGCAGAUUUUCCAGUGAAGAUAAGAUAAAGCUGGGAGAAUCUCUUGCACAUCUUGCAGUGCUGGUUGGAAUUUCAAAAAGUCCAGACUGGGCUCAUAGGAGAUGAUGCUGUAUGCAAGAGCUGCAGAAAUGAUCAACAUCAAGGGAUCAGUGACACUCCAGGAUGUGGCUGUGGACUUCACCCCAGAGGAAUGGCAGCUACUCGACUGUGAUCAGAGAACCUUGUAUUGGGAUGUGAUGUUGGAGAACUUUAGAAACCUCAUCUCGGUGGGGUGUCCGGUCCCCAAAACAAAAGUGAUCUUCAGGAUGGAGCAAGGACACGACCCGUGGGUGGUGGAGGGAGAGAACCCACGUUGGCGCUGUCCAGAAGCUGACUACCCUCUUGUUGAUGAAUCAGACAAGCACCAGGAAAGUAAAGACAAUUUUUUAAAUUCAGUUUUGUUCACAUUUAAUAAAAUUCUGACUGUGGAGAGACCUCAUAGUUAUAAGAUGAGCACAAGUCUUAAUCCUACAAGAAAAAAGUCAUAUAGAUGUACAUCAUAUGGGAAGAGUUUGCAACCUACUUUAGACUUACUUAGUUAUAAUAGAUGUUAUACUGGAGAAAACACUUAUGAAUGCAAUGAAUGUGGGAAAGCCUUCAAAAAGAAGUUUCAUUUUAUUAGGCAUGAAAAGAAUCAUACAAGAAAAAAACCCUUUGAAUGCAGUGACUGUGGGAAAGCCUAUAGCAGGAAGGCACACCUUGCAACUCAUCAGAAAAUUCAUAACGGAGAGAGACCCUUUGUGUGCAAUGAUUGUGGGAAAGCAUUUAUGCAUAAAGCACAACUUGUGGUCCACCAGAGACUCCACACUGGAGAGAAGCCUUAUGAAUGCGGUCAGUGCGGGAAAUCAUUCACUUGGAACUCCUCCUUUACUCAGCAUGUGAAGUCGCAUACACUUGAGAACUCAUUUGAAUGUAAGGAAUGUGGGAAAACCUUCAGGUAUAGUUCGUCCCUUUAUAAACAUUCUAGAUUUCAUACAGGAGAGAAACCCUACCGAUGUAUCGUCUGCGGCAAAGCCUUUGGCAACACUUCUGUGCUUGUUACGCAUCAAAGAAUCCAUACAGGAGAGAAACCUUAUGGAUGUAUUGAAUGUGGUAAAGCCUUCAUCAAGAAGUCUCAUCUCCUUAGACAUCAGAUAACUCAUACAGGAGAAAAACCCUAUGAAUGUAGCAAAUGUGGAAAAGCAUUUUCCCAGAAAUCAAAUCUUAUUGUACACCAGAAGAUUCAUAUGUAAUACUCACUUAUGAACAUGAGGAAGCUUUAAAUAUUCAAUAAACCUUAUUAAGUAGAGAAUUCAUAGUGAGGAGAAAUCCACCAAUUUGAAUGAAUUGGAAGAAUAAAUUCCAAAUUAAAAUCAAUGCCAAUCAUGUUCUAAAAGUGAUAAAAGUUUUUAGAUAAAAGAAUACAGAAAAUAUUAAUUUAUAAAUGAUAGCAUAUAGAGCUUAGAAAGUAAGCAUAAAUUAAACAAGGGACUAGAGAAAAUUAUACUUACCACCUCUGAUUGUCUGAUUUUCUUUUUUUUGCUAUGUGGCAUACAGAAGUUCCCAGGCCAGGGUUCGAACCCAUACCACAGCAGUAACCCAAACCACGGCAGUGACAACAGCAAUUCCUUAACCACUAGGCCACCAGGGAACUCCACUAUCUCUGAUUUUUUAAAAAUUUCUAUAACAAAUUGUACAAUUACACAAGUAUAAGUAUAAAAUGUUUAUAUGUUACAUUAAAUUGUAUCUAUUAAGAGUUUCUGCAGGAGUUCCUGCUGUGGCUCAGCAGGUUAAGAACCCAACUAGUAUC